AAUGAUCAAAACAACGUUCAUGCACGCAGUUCAUCUGAUCAGAGUUGCCAUCCACAGUUCUGAAUGUCAAAUUUUAUGCUCGCAUGUUGCAAACAUCACAAAACAGUUGCCGCUACUUGUUUCUUUCCGCUGUUUUCAAUGUAAUUUGUUGUUUCAAUAGUUGAACAGAACCGCAAACUGAACCAUGGAAGUGCUGUCUAGCGAGAAGUAUUUGAUUGCACGCGCCAAGGAAACCACAGAUCCGUACACAGCCAAAGCAUGGAUCAUCGCUGCGAAAACGCUCUUUCCGAAUGAUUUUGGCGUUCAGUUUGAGGCGUACGAAAUCGAGAAGAAUGCUAACAAUUUUGAAGAAGCCGCUAAAUGCUUGAGCUACAUAAUCAUGACCUUCCAAAAUGCGCAUCAAACGCCGGCCAGUUUGUUGAACGAAAUCUCGCUGAUGACGUCGGCUUUGAGGGUUCCGGAAGGCACGACCACUCCCGAGCAGGAGUUCUACGUCAAAAUGUUCCAGUAUAUUUCGUACGAGGUGCAGCACAAGAUUCUACUGCUGACGGCUGCCCAUUCCAAUAAUAACCUGGACCAUUGCCGUCUGAUUUUGUUGCUGCUGAAGCGCUUUCCACAAGCGAUAUCUACUCAUGCUCCCCGACUGCUGGAAACCUUAGUCCAAAACAUAACGAUUCCUAGCUUCAAGGAUAUGCUGGUACAGGAAGCGAUUCCCCUUGUGUACAACAGACCACCGGAGCUACCGAGCAAACUGGUCCAUCAAAUCAUGGCGGUGUGCUUCGAGUACUACCUCAAUCAAAUGCUGACCGAAACUGAGGAUAAAGCACGUACUAUUAUGGAUUGUUGGCGAAAGAUAUUUGAAAUACUGGAGUUUUGUGGGACCAUUCUCAAGUGGGAACCAUUCGUACCGUACAAGAAAGGAUGGAGCAAAGAUAUCUACUGGCAGAAAAUCAUUCAAAUAGUGCAGUCAGCACCGCCGAGGCCUUCAGAGAACAAGCAAAUUCUGUUCUGCGCCACGAUCGUGUUCGUGCUGUCACUUCAAGAGUACAUUAAUUUCUCCCGAUUGAAAGGCAAGGAUAGCGAGGUUGAGGUAAUUUUGGUUGAAGGAUUGAAGGAUUUGAAAAUAGACGUAAAACGUCGGCAGAUGGAAUCUGUUCUGGAAAUUCCGCAAGUCGUUGUAAACGGUCCGGUCAAUCCCGAUGCGCCAAAUUGUUUGGUAACGUCGUACAACUGUUGGCAGUUGUUGCACUCGAAUGAAAUCUUGAAGGCCGAUUUCACUCAACUCAUUAUUCGCAUUCCGGCAUUGUCACUGUGGAUUCAAAAAUUCCUAAUCGAUUUAUCGGUUUAUGUCGGUCAGCACGAGGAAACACACUCGUUGCUUCAAUCUCAAAACGCACGAAACAUGUCUCAGUUGGAAAAGAACGUUCGCCUUUUUGGGCUUGCCUUGGUACAAGGAAGCAUCAAUGUGCAUUUAUUCGAACUAAUAAACAACAUAAUUCAGAACCUUCCCACCACCAAUGGACACUAUCUGCAAAAUGUUGCACUAUACCCUGCACCGCGGGUCUUGAUGUUGAUGCCGUUGACCAAGCGUGCUAUCCUUCACUACAUAGUCCAAACGCUCAUCACGCUGCUCAAGGCCAAGCUAAGCGAUCCGGAUUGUUCCAACGCCGUAAUCGGGAAUCUUUUGGUGCUGUGCCAGCUGAACUGGCCCCACGAGUCAACUAUCGUGGAGAUUAUUUUCGAAAUCAUCAAAUCCCGCCGCCAGUUUAGUUACCCCAUUUGGACAAAUUAUGUGGUGAAUGUGGAAAUUGUUGAAGAGUUUAUGUACUUGUGGCAAAAUUGUCCGGAUAUAAAACUGGAGCUUGCGUUGCCUUCGAGCAGUAGUAGUUUGGCAGCUGCCGGUUCUAGACGAAUCGGAACACGUGGAGUGGAUAAAGGCGUGAAGGAGGAUUUCAAACAGGCGAUCAAGCAACAGAUCACACGUAGCAAUGAGGACCUGGACGAGCUUGUGGUGCAGUUUUUGCAACAGCAGCACUUGACGUUGUUGCAGAAUAUUUUCGAAAAAUAAUUGUUCUGACGGAGUCUUAGCAAGUAGGAUUAUACAUUUAGAAAUAUUAUUAUUGAUUAAAAUUUU